GAUGACAGGUAUUUUCUAAGUGGGUCUUUGGAUGGAAAGCUCCGCCUUUGGAACAUACCUGACAAAAAAGUGGCUUUGUGGAAUGAAGUAGAUGGUCAGACUAAAUUGAUCACAGCUGCAAAUUUCUGUCAGAAUGGCAAAUACGCAGUGAUUGGGACAUAUGAUGGCAGAUGUAUUUUCUAUGAUACAGAGCAUUUGAAAUACCAUACACAAAUACAUGUCCGAUCUACUAGAGGGCGCAACAAGGUUGGAAGAAAAAUUACUGGCAUUGAGCCUUUACCUGGAGAAAAUAAGAUACUGGUAACCUCAAAUGACUCCAGAAUCAGACUAUAUGAUUUGAGAGAUUUGUCACUAUCCAUGAAGUAUAAGGGUUACGUCAAUAGCAGCAGCCAGAUCAAAGCAAGUUUCAGCCAUGAUUUUACUUACCUCGUUAGUGGUUCAGAAGAUAAGUAUGUUUAUAUCUGGAGUACUUACCAUGACCUAAGCAAGUUUACUUCAGUCAGGAGAGAUCGUAAUGACUUCUGGGAAGGUAUUAAAGCCCACAAUGCAGUUGUUACAUCAGCCAUCUUUGCACCAAACCCAAGUUUGAUGUUAUCUUUGGAUGUGCAAUCUGAAAAAUCAGAAGGGAAUGAGAAAAGUGAAGAUGCUGAAGUUUUGGAUGCCACACCUUCUGGUAUUACGAAGACAGAUAACACAGAAGUUCUUCUCUCUGCUGACUUCACUGGAGCAAUCAAAGUGUUUGUUAAUAAAAGAAAAAAUGUAUCUUAAUUUGAAAUGGCAUUUAAAAUAAACAUAUCAGUAAGUUUCUAUAUGUAUCAGAACUGAAAAAAUAUAGUGUUCCAGGCUAACAUACUUUUUAAAUUUUUAUUGAAAGUUGUUCAAAUAUAAUAUAUUUUUUGAGAGGCAGUGUUAAUGAUCUAGGAAACCCUGGGCCGAUAGAGUAGAAAGGAAUAUGGCUAGAAUAACAUUGCCAAACAUUAGGCUUUAUGUUUUGUUAUGUUUGUGUUUUCGUUGUAUAAUUAUGAACAUGCACAAGUUUCUGCAUGAAAAGAUAUUAAUAUAUUAAUCACAUGUAUGUGCCUUUUGGUUACAUGCAUUAAAUCUAACAGAGUUAAAUUAUUUCAGUGGCUCUUUUGGCCUCUUACUAGGGGGGAUAGUCUUGUUUCUAGCUUAAACAAUUUUUUUUUGCACAAAAUUUCAUUUUUAAUAAAAGUGGUAUCUUUUGACUGAGUUAUUGUUUUGAAAAUGUUAUAUAGGUUUCCAAUAGGUCAACAACCAUAUGUAAAUGGUUUUUAUAAAUUUCUCAAUUUGGGGACAAGAUUUUUUUGUGGUCUAAAUUGUGGGCUUAAGAUUCUUUUCUUUAUAUGUGUACAUAUAAUUUUUUUUUUCUUUGCCACACUGGAGCACAAUGUUUCUAUGUAAAGAAUUAUUUUCAUUCUUUAUCCAUGAGCACCAGGCUUUGCUCACUUAAAAAAAAUUAAGCCACAUUAAGGAGUGAGUCUUCUUUUUUACAAUAAUGUAAAAAUGAAACUGUUUACAUUUUUUUAAAGCAUUGUAGUUUUUAAAAAUUAAGCUGUUUUGUUUUGUGUUGUUGAAUUUGAAAGCCUUUGUAAAUAUCAAUAUAAUGUACCAAUGAAAUAACAUCUGGGGCAAUGAAACCCUGAUCAUGUUGUUGAUGGUUAGCAUAUGUUUCUGAAAAUUAAAUAUGUAUUAUUAAAAGUUGGUCUCCAA